UUCACCACAGGCUGUAUCUAAGAAGCGGGGCAUCGCAAGCAGCAGACCUGGUGUCGUGCAGCCUGCCCGCAGUGAGAUCAGAUCUCUCAAGAUGGCCGUCGCCACGAACAAAUCCGUCUUAGAUCGGUACAUGCGGCUGCCGCUGCCCGACGCCUCCACACAGUGCAUGUACGUCUGGGUGGACGGCACUGGCGAGAACCUGCGAGCCAAGACCAAGACUGUGGGCUUCGCUCCCAAAACGCCCAGCGAGCUGCCGAUCUGGAACUUCGACGGCUCGUCGACGGGCCAGGCGGAGGGCAGCAACUCUGACGUGUACCUGUACCCGGUGGCGCUGUACCAGGACCCGUUCCGGCUCGGCGCCAACAAGCUGGUGCUCUGCGAGACUUACAAGCACAAUCGGCGGCCGGCGGACACCAACUUCCGCCACACGUGCAAGGAGGUGAUGGACCAGGCCAACAACCAGCACCCGUGGUUCGGCAUGGAGCAGGAGUACACGCUGCUCGACAGUGACCAGCACCCAUUCGCCUGGCCCAAGAACGGCUUCCCGGGACCGCAGGGGCCCUACUACUGCGGCGUCGGCGCCUCCAAAGUGUACGGCCGGGACGUGGUGGAGAGCCACUACCGCGCCUGCCUCUACUCGGGCGUCAUGAUCGCCGGCACCAACGCCGAGGUCAUGCCCUCCCAGUGGGAGUUCCAGGUGGGUCCGGCCGAGGGGAUCCGGAUGGGUGACGACUUGUGGAUGGCGCGCUUUCUGCUGCAUCGCGUGGCCGAGGACUUCGGCAUCAGCGUUUCGCUCGACCCUAAACCGAUUCCGGGAGACUGGAACGGCGCCGGCUGUCACACCAACUUCAGCACGCUCGCCAUGCGCGAGAAGGGCGGCAUCAGCCACAUCGAGAAGGCGAUCGAGGCUCUGGGCGCCAACCACCAGCGCCACAUCCGCAUGUACGACCCGAAGGAGGGUCGUGACAACGAGCGGCGGCUCACCGGCCUGCACGAGACGUCCAGCAUCCACGACUUCUCGGCGGGGGUGGCCAACAGAGGAGCCAGUAUCCGGAUCCCGCGCCAGGUGGCGGAGGAGGGCCAGGGCUACCUGGAGGACCGGCGGCCCAGCUCCAACUGCGACCCAUACCGGGUCACUGAGGCCAUCGUUCGCACCAUCUGUCUGAACCAGUAGCACAACACGACGUCCUCCCCAUCAGAGAGGCGCGGACGAGACGGGCCUGCGAGGCACGUGUGCGGAGGGCAUGCCAUUGACACGGACCCCCAGGGCCCGAAAUGACACCAGUCCGCCGAUGUUUAUAUGCAGCUACAGAGACAUCAUCCGCCCCCAAUUCCCUCAUUCUUGCUUUAUUCUGCUUCCUCGUGACACCCCGUUUAUCCGGGACAGGCUACAUGCACCAGCCAUGAGAGUCCCCAAGCGCCCCCUGGUGGAGGCCCGUCCGAGCAGCAAGCACAACUCCUGGGGAGGACUCCCUGCGCGGGCCAAAUCUUGGCGGCAGGACCCCCAGGUGCGUGUAGUCGUGCCUCAUCGCUACCCACUCUUCUUCAUCCGAUAGGCCUGAAAUGGUCAUGGCUAGCCGACUGGACCCUAAUCCGAGCGACCAAAUCCGACAGAGACUCUCACCAUCAUCUGCGUACGUGUGUUUCCGCUUUUUGAGGUGAUACUUGAAAGGAUAGUGAGCAUUAUGUAAUAUGUUGCAGCUUAACAGCCAGGCAAACGGGAACUUGCAGUGACCAGUGGUGGAGGAUGAGACGAAGUUUUGCGAACAGCGUUUCCUUUCAUGCUAUCUGUGCAGCGACUGACCGCAUUUUACAGUGCCAAUACUUGUGUGCGUUGUUUUGGUAUAUAACACUGCAUCCGUGGUGAUGAAGAGGACAUAAGCUACGCAUAGCUUUGGUGCAUGCACCACUGGAUGAAUCGGUUUAUAUGCCGCUGGUGGGGGCGUCUGAAAUGAUUUGGGAGGCACGGUUCGCUGUAGAAGCGUGAAUCUCGUCGAUGGAUACUUAUAGCAGCGUUGCUAUCAUAUCCUCCAUGUCCCUUAGGUCCCCCUGGUGUCUAGCACCAGAGAUAGACAGUCUAGGAGCAAGUGCUGUGCGUAGAGGUCCUUUAGGCUUCCCACCCAUUCCGGGGCUUGUCAUUACCAUUGGUUCAAGACGCCCGGACGGCGUCAUGUUCUGUGGUGCGUCGUAGUCUUAGUGCGGCGUGUGAACAUUUCGCCACCGCUCUGCAGUGUAUGUCCAAACCGCAGUGAUCGUGUCAUCGCAUGUUUAAACGCGUCAAGUGGAAUGAAUAUAUGAAUGGUCCCGGUCA